CAUUCCCUCUCUCCAAUUCAUCACCUGUAGGCCGAUCUUUUUUUUUAGGUGGCAUGGACGGCAGCUAAAGCUUCGCAGCAAAAAAGCCACUCGUCCCGGCGCCCACUCCGCGAAAAUACCACCACGCCAGUGAACCCACCAGCCGCGGCUGCACCACACGCACACGCACACGCGGCCGCAGUACCCAGCAGCAGACGAGGCCGGCGGCGUCAGCGAGCGCAGAAUCACGAGAACCGGGCCUCCCGAUGGAGAACGCGCUGAGGCAGGUCUACCGGUGGGCGGUGCCCGCCGUGGGCGCCUUCGCCGUCGCCCAGGCCUCCAUCUACGACGUGCGCGGCGGCACGCGGGCCGUCAUCUUCGACCGGCUGCAGGGCGUCAAGGAGACCGUCGUCAACGAGGGCACCCACUUCCUCGUCCCCUGGCUCCAGCGCAGCAUCAUCUUCGACGUCCGCACCAAGCCCCGCAACAUCGCCACCACCACCGGCAGCAAGGACCUGCAGAUGGUCAGCCUCACCCUGCGCGUCCUCCACCGCCCCGACGUCAAGGCCCUCCCCAAGAUCUACCAGAACCUCGGCACCGACUACGACGAGCGCGUGCUGCCGUCGAUCGGCAACGAGGUGCUGAAGUCGAUCGUGGCGCAGUUCGACGCGGCGGAGCUGAUCACGCAGCGGGAGGCGGUGUCGCAGCGGAUCCGGACGGACCUGACGCGGCGGGCGGCCGAGUUCAACAUCGCGCUCGAGGACGUGUCCAUCACGCACAUGACCUUCGGCCGCGAGUUCACCAAGGCCGUCGAGCAGAAGCAGAUCGCCCAGCAGGACGCCGAGCGCGCCCGCUUCAUCGUCGAGAAGGCCGAGCAGGAGCGCCAGGCCUCCGUCAUCCGCGCCGAGGGCGAGGCCGAGAGCGCCGACACCAUCGGCCGCGCCGUCGCCAAGUCCGGCGACGGCCUCGUCCGCAUCCGCAGGAUCGAGGCCAGCCGCGAGAUCGCCCAGACCCUCGCCGCCAACCCCAACGUCUCCUACAUCCCCGGCGCCAAGCGCGGCGGCAGCGGCGGCAGCCAGCUCCUGCUCUCCGUCGGCAGGGCGUAGCCUGAGCGAGCCCGGCAGCGGUGGAAGGGAUAGGCAGAAUACCCAGGCUCUGUUUAACAAGAUACCUACCCAGGAAGGGUAGAUAUUUCACGGACAAACCGACAGACGAACAAAAGUACCGGGGUCAGGAGAAGGGGAAGAAGGCAAGGCUAUGUAUAUUUAUUGAGAGAACCCCGUACCUAGAUCCCCACUUCGAGAUGCCGCACGAUAUAUAAUCACAA